UGGCCUCGGCUGGGGUUCGGUUUCCCGGGAGCGGCCCGGGCUGCGGGAUGCGCCCCUCGCGGGAGUCGGAGUUCUCGGGAGCGGACGGCGGUCGGGAGCGCGGAGCUCGGGGCCGAGUGAGUGUGAACUCGGAGCCCGCGGCGCACCCGCACCUGAGGCCCAGGCGCGCUGGUCGCCGCGGUGUUUGCGGGAAGCCGGGCGCCGUGGGGGGCCGGACGGCGAGGGGCCGGUGCGCGGCGUCGGGGUGGCCGUCGUGCUCCUGCUCCCGCGCGUGGAGAAGGCGGGUCAGGCAUGCGGGGUGGGCCUGCGGAGAGGCGGGUCGGGCGGCCCGGCCCCGGCGGGAAGCCGGCCACGCGAACGGCGCUCGGCGUGCGGCUGACGUUCCGGAAUCCGGGAGGGAAUGAGCCCCGCGACCUUCCGUGGGGUGGUGCCAGGUCCACUUAUGGAGGAUCUCGCCUUUUGCUGUUGAUCUGCGGUGCUGUGUCAUGUACAAGGCCUCACACAUAUCCAUUUGAACCACAGCAGUGCCUUUCCGUGAAGAAAAGUCAACAACUUCAGCGAAGAAAACUUCUUCAAGAGCAAAGCCAGAAACUUGGACUCCAGGAUGGAUCGACCUCAGGACCUCCAGAGCAGCUGCGUCCUGCCCCAGACCAGAGGCUCAGUGCUCCAAAACCACAUUCCUCUCCCCGUCCUGCCCCUGGUCCCCUUACUCUCACCUCUCCUGGGGCUGACGGAGAACCGCAGGGCGUUGGCAGUCGGCCAGGGACCCUGGGGCUUGAGAAUUCCCAUGACGGCCUCAGAAGUGCGGAGGCUCUGCCCCCCAAGCCAGACUGCACACCGGGAGAAAAGAAAGUGGAAUUGCAAGAAAAGUCUCGUUGGGAAGUCCUCCAGCAAGAGCAACGGUUAAUGGAGGAGAAGAACAAACGCAAGAAGGCCCUGCUGGCCGAGGCCAUCGCUGAGAGAUCUAAAAGAACUCAGGCAGAGACCAUGAAACUGAAGCGCAUCCAGAAGGAGUUGCAGGCUUUAGAUGACAUGGUGUCCGCUGACAUCGGGAUCCUCAGGAACCGGAUCGAUGAGGCCAGCCUGGAGUACGCAUAUGCUCGGAAGCGGUUCGACAGGGCCGAAGCCGAGUACGUCGCAGCGAAGCUCGACCUGCAGCGCAAGACGGAGGUCAAAGAGCAGCUCACCGAGCACCUUUGCACGAUCAUCCAGCAGAACGAGCUCCGCAAGGCCCGGAAGCUGGAGGAGCUGCUGCGACAGCUGGACGUUCAGGCCGAUGAGGGGACCCUGGGGCUGGGGGUGGAGGCCGAGAGGUCGACGCAGGAGCGAGAGGCCGACGCCAGGAAGGUGCCGCCUCGUCCAGGCCGGCCGUGCCCGCCUGCAGGGAACAGUGUGGCAGUAGGGUUUGCCGGCGAGAACGAGAGGCAUCAAGAGCAGGCCGCCUCCCCAAAGGCAGGCGAACGGUGCGGGCAAGCCGGUGGCAUUCGCCGCCCUCACCCGGACGGCCCGGGGCCGGAAGUCAGCCCUGCCGCAGGUGGCGCCCCGGCGGCUCUGACCGCCUGACGCGCCCUGUUCGCUUGAACUGACACGGGCGCCGUUCAGGAAGCCCUGCCGUGGGUCGUGCCGGGACCUCGGAUUGAAACAGCAGUCGCUUCGAAUCCGUGGUGGCCUUUAGUGUAACACGUUUGACCCAACGGGGCUCCUUCGUAAUUCACAAAAUGUGUGCUUUUGUAACAGGGCCGCUGUUUUCCUUGACCUUGGUCCAGUCCGCCCGUGCACCUUGCUGCCGGCUGAAACGAGCAGUCGACGAGGACGGCAGAAGCUGCCUGGGUGGCAGUGGUGUCUGGACCAGGCAGGCAGAUGUGAAGUAAGAAACGAUGCUGGCACCCAGCUGAACUCACCUUCUGCUGGGCACAGUGUUGAGAAACAGUCCUUUGUAACCAGAGGGGAGGCGCAGGAUUAACGUGGGGAAGAGACAGAGCAAGAAGCAGCCCCAGUAGGAGCCGGGACAGCUGCUGGGUCUCAGCGGAGCCGCAGACACCCCGACGUCACAGCUCCGCUUGGCGGGGUCCCUUCGUGCCCAGCCUCCUUCUGGGUGGCUGUGGUUUACAGCUGUGCAUUGUGUCACUUGAUACACACAAAUGUGUGUGAAGUGUACCAUAAUACAGAUAAUUUUACUAUUAGUAUAUUAUCUUUAAUCAGCACAUUGAUUAAAUGUAGACAAUGAAAACACUUCUAUAGUGAGGCUGGAAAUUAUGUAGAAAAUCUUAUUGUUACUUCUGAUUAUCCAAAAAAUUGAUUUUCCUUUGUUAUCUGUAAAUAUGUUUUACAUGUUAUGGUGUAUAUAAAUUAUCCUGUCAUAAAGCAUUUAAAUUGCUAAAAUGGCUAUUUUCUUAUUGCUUGACUAGUUUGUUGAUUGCAUCACUAGUAUUUGACUGCUAUAUGUGAAUGUGUAUAAAGAUUGUAGUUUUGUCAUGAAAUCUGUGAAUAUCACAUUAAAUGAUGGUCUUUUUAUCAACUAUUCAAAGUACAAAUAUUGCAUAAAAGUCUAAAACACCAUGAUAAAAGAGGAUGACAACAACGUUAAUAUAUUUUCCAUAAUAAUUUCUGAAAAAGUUGGGGACAUCCUGUUUUUAAGUGAUUUUGUGUGAGGGUAUUCUUGUAAUGUGGAUGACCUUUGCAUUUUUAUAUUACAUAAUUUGAGUUGAAAUUACAGCUUUCCAUUACUGACUUCUCUGAACAGAGGCAUUUAUGUAGAUGGCUGUGUUUUUAUGUGUGGAUGACAUUAAAACAAAGCCUCAUUGC